CAGUCAAACGAGAUUACAGCAGCAGGCAGCUAGCAGAGCUAAUCUGAGGAGCGUGCAGGAAAGACAGCGGCUGUUUUUAUCGGUUUAGCGCUUUAUUUGUUUGCUUAUUUAUUUAAAAAGAACAAGAGUUUACAGGACUCGCCUACAGAAAAACUGAGAGAAAAUGAGCGGGACGCGGAGUUUGUGCACGUUUGACGACAUCAGGUCGGAGGACAGAGCGGAUAGUUGCCGCAGACUUAGACUGACCCUGCACGAGCAAAACCAGCAGCAGCCCACCGUCGGAAAGCCAAUCGGCAGAGCCUUCGCCUUAGUGCAGCCAGCCAAUGAGAAGCAGCAUCUGAGGAUAGAGCCGGUCAAACCGUCGGAGGAGAAGGUUGAGGUCAUAAAGGUGUAUCUGGAGGCCCGGAAGCAGGAGCAGGCCAGAAACCAGCAGAGCUUGAAGAUGCUUUCAGAAGAAGUUUCCCAGAUCCAAGAGGUAAGAUACUGUUUGAAGAGCCUGAGGGAGCAGAUGGCAGCUAAAAACAACCACCGGACAGAGCACAAGUUGCAGUUAGUGCGUAAUGGCCUCAGCAGAGUAAACGGUGCUCCACCAUCAACAGCGCAGGACAGUGAGUACAAGCAGGAGCUGAUGGAUGAGCAGGAGCGAGCGAAGAUGAGGGAGGUCAGCAAGCGGCUCUAUGCUCAGCUGCAAGAGGCAGAGAAGAGACACCUCGAGGAGAAAGAAAAACUACAGGCAGAGGCUGGUCAGUAUAAACAGCAGCUGUCCGAGCAGAGUGACCAACUAAAUGAGGCUCAGCAGAAUGCCAGACAGCAGGACGAGCGAAUCGAACAGCUCCAGCGGCUGCUAGGAGGGAUGGAGCAGGAGAACUCCACCCUGAGGGAGGAGCUAAUGACCCGGGAGGCGGAGCUGUUGCAACUGCGGGAGCUGAGGGAGGAGGGUCAAGCCGAGAGGGAUAGGUUAGAGCAGCUGGAGAAGGAGAAUGCUAUCCUGAAAGAAAAGAUUCAUCACCUUGAUGAUAUGCUCAAGAGCCAACAGAGGAAACUCAGACAGAUGAUCGAGCAGCUGCAGAACUCUCGUAUGGUGAUUCAGGAGCGAGACCGCAUCAUCAGAGAACUAGAGGAGAAAGUGGCCUUCCUGGAGGCAGAGAACAGAGAAAUGCGUGAUCAGAUGGACUACUUUGCUGGAGGUCAAAGAUCAAACUCAUACCUGUCCGAUCACAAUGCUCAAAUUGUCUACAGCAAGCCACUGAAACCAUCCUCUCAGGGCAACAAGAGCCUACCGUUCAUUAAAGUCAUCGAGAUCAAAUCAUGAAGAGCACUACGGCACCAGGAGAACAGAAUAACCCUCUAUUACCAGCACAAGGUCCUCACCUUUCUACAGACUCUAUUAACAGUCCACAUCGCCCUCCACUGCCUCACUGCUGUUCCGCAACAAACUGGAUCAGCGUGAUGGCUUCGGUAUCGAACUGACUGACUGUAAACACGACUGCAGCUCAUCAACAUGUGCGAAGCUUUUAAUUCAUGUAUAUAAGAUUUCGGUUAUGGUUUGAUGUGAAUAGAUGUAGUCUAGGUGUAGGUUUUCACGUACUGUAGCACAUGACAUGCUAGCAUGCAUAACAUUGACCCAAACUCAGCUGAAGUACGAGUUCAGGUGAAGUUUACGACAGGGGGAUAUCUACUUAAAAUGAAGUCAAGAAAUGAAGAAUGGGGGGAGCAGAACUGAAGGAGGGAGUGAAUGAUUUGGUGUUUUUUUGAGGCUGGCCCUCUGAACACAAUCCCUCUGUGAAUCGGUGGCUGGAUGAGAAGGACAGAUUGUGGCGCUUAAUCUCUUGUUCACUCUCAAUCUGUUUUAGCACUCCCUCGUGUAGAUGACGUUAAUUAAUCAACAGAUCUUUUACUCUGAACUAGAGAUUACAGUUAAGGAGCAAAUCUGUGUGAGCUUUAACGGUCAUCUCUUGUCUUAAUGAAGGAAUACUAAUGUAUCUGUACAAUGUCCAGCGCAUGAGCUAAAAGCUUCUAAGAUAAAAGUGCGCGGGAAAGGCUCUUAAAAUAUCUCACUAAGCCAGCAUUCACGGUCAUAUAACUAGGCUAUCCAGGUAGAAGUAAAACAGAAAACAAGACAGGCUAAGACAUGAAACAGGAAAGGUAAGACCAGGCUGUUGUUUGAUAACGCCACCAUGGUGAGCCGCAGCAUUGAAACUGCUCUGUUUGAGUUUCGUGCUGUGGUUUAGAGUGGGCUUGUUUUUCAUGGGAGUAGAUUAAGCCUGGAUUACUCCCUCAAAAAUAGCUGUCAACUCUAAAUCUCCUCAAAACAGCUCAUAACUAAUGGUUUUUGUUUGGACGAGGCUCAAUUUCGGCUAUUUUGAAGUCAGGAAUAGUUUUAGAAGCGCUUUUUAGUGCUGUGCUCCAAAAACAUGUGGUCAAAAUUUUAUUAAAGUACUUUCAUCACCUCCUGCAGUGGUGCCCCGUAAUCCCAAGGGUGAGAUUUACUAGAUUAAAGGCUAGGAAACCCCCCUUCUGAUGUAUUUUGAAGGUGGGGGGAGUACUUUAAGGGUGGGCUGUUUGAAAGAGCUGACGUUAAGCCGAACAUCACGUCUGUACUGAUUAGCCUCUUGUUCGUUGCCAUGGGAGGAUUUACAAUGAUUACAUGCUGUAUUUGCGUAGUGCAUGCUGGGUAUUGUAGUGAAUGAACACUAGUGGAUGAAAACACCUGCAGAAUCAUGAAUUCUGUCAAACUCAUGAGCCACAAACAACAAUACAUGCUACUUUUAGGCUGGAAUGCCUUUGAACAAAAACAAAUUAUGAAAGUGAGGUUUAAUUGGAUUUGCUUCCUUUAUAUAUUGUGUCCUUGAGAGCCUCCAGGCUGAUUUUUAGCAGUAGCUGAAUCUCAAAUGGCUCCUCACUCCCUAAGUAGUGCACUAUGUUGGUCUUUAAAUAAGGGCUUCUUCACUCUUAGCAGUGCAUUACUAACAAAAAAGCCAUUUGGGAUUCAGACAGGUUCCCUACUGGAUAUGUAGUGCACUAUUUGGAUGAAGAAAGCUAAUUGUUACAGCUCGCAUAGUGCACUAUAUAGGGAACCAGCCGGAAACACAGUCACUAAAUUAUAUUAGCCUUAACUGACAGUUGAUGAUAGCGCCAAAUGCUAAUAUUAACAAUGUAGGCUCAUAAAAACACUAUUAAAUCAUGCCUAAAAAUUGUGGCAGACCACUACAGACAUUCAGUGUGCUAUGAUAAAUUAAAACAGCAGAUUACAGAGUCGAGUAAUAAUUAAAAGGCCCUUUGCCUACCAAACGAGGACGAGUUUCCAGUUGUUUUAAGCUCUUUUCCAGCUCUGUUAGCACAAUAAGUUGUCGCAAGUACAAGAGACUCAGUCACACCUUCAUCAGAGAGCAUCACCACCCCCAUAGACAAAUAGAAGAAUGGUGGUAAUGAAUUUUGUUUAUAUAGAGACGAAUUAAUUCAUCUUAGUCAUUUCAGUUCACUGACAUUUCACCCGUCAUCACAAGCUUCUUGUACAUACUGUAUUUAUGGCUUAAGAAAACUUUCAACUUUUUCUUUUUCCAUGUUUUGCUUUCUCAACUGGCCGUCCUCCAAACGGGCUUCAUUCAACUUUGCACUUGCUGCAAUAUUUUCUGUUCUUUAUUUAAUAUAAAAGCUAUUUUUUUUAGUGAUACUUUUGAGUGGUUUUAGAGUUGAUGUAUUAUAUUAAUUGCUAUGCAUAUUUAUGUAAUAUGACAUUUUGUCAGUUUGAAUAAAGCGAUCUGAAAGGCUU